AUGGCGGCGAACGUCGGUGACAUCUUGGCCAGCCGCGACGCGUUCCCGGCGACGUACACGGCGCGCGACCUCAUCACGUACGCGCUCGGCAUUGGCUGCAGCUACUACAAGACGCCGGAGCAGGCGAGCACGGACCUGCACUUCACCUCGGAGCUGGACGCGCGCUUUGCGGCGUUUCCGCUGUACCCGGUCGUGCUCCUCUUCAAGGGCGACGCGCACGACGUUGUGGACUUUCCGCCACCGAGCAUGUCGACGAUCCCGAACGGCAUGCCCGACUUCAACCCCGGCAUGACACUCCACGGCGAGCAGAGCAUCGAGGUCCACCGCCCAUUGCCAGCCACGGGCGGGCGCGUCACGUGCCACCGCCGCGUGCUCUCCUUCCACCCGAAAGGCAAGUCGGGCGCGCUCAUGGAAACCGAGUUCAAGAUCGUCGACGAGGCAGGCGAGCCGCUCACGACGCUCGUCAUGGGUUCGUUCUACCGCGGCCUGGACGCCUCCUUUCAAGGUCAAGGCCGCACGCCACCGCGCCGCCCAAGCAUGCCUGUGCGCACCCCCGACAUCGUCCUCACGCUGCCCACGUCGCCUGCCCAGGCGCAGCUCUACCGUCUCUCGGGCGACUACAACCCGCUCCAUAUUGAUCCGGACUUUGCUGCCUCGGCGGGCUUUCCGCAGCCCAUUUUGCAUGGUUUGUGCACGAUGGGUGUCGCGGCGCGCGCGCUCCUGCAGGCGUACGGCCACAACGAGAGUGCUAGCUUCCGCAAGAUGAGCGUUCGGUUCUCCAAGCCGACGUUUCCGGGCGAGACGCUCGAGACGCGCAUGUGGCUCACGUCGCCCGGCCACGUGGCCUUCCAGACGCGCGUCGUCGAGCGUGACGCGAUCGUGCUCGACGGCGGCGAGUUUGCCUUUGCGACGCCCGCGACGCCUCGCUUGUAA